GGAAUGGUAUGGUGUCACAACUGCAAGGAGAGACAGCCACCCGUCUCGCACCGUCCAUCCCUAAAACAUCGCCACGUCCCGCCUGCGACAACCCCCAAUGUCCGUGGCCACCGGCGGCGGCGGCGUGUACCCCCGAGCCCAAUGCCCAAGCCCCACCACGCAGCCCCCUCGCCGCCGCCGCUCCUCCCGCUCGCGCUCCUGCCGCCGCGGCACUGCCCGCUCGCCGCCGCCGUGCUGGCGCUGCUCUCGGUGCUGCUCGCCACCGCGCUCUGGCUCCUCCUCGUGCUCUCCCCGUCCCAGGGGGCCCCGCCCGCCGCCUCCGAGCACUCGGCGCUGUCGGAUGCGGGCGCGGCGCUCGCGGGCCCCGGCGCGGCCUCGCCUCUCGCGCUCGGCCACAUCGUCUUCGGCAUCGCGGGGUCGGCGCAUCUCUGGCCGCGCCGCCGCGAGUACGUCCGCCUGUGGUGGGAUCCCGCCACGAUGCGCGGCCACGUCUGGCUCGACGCGGGCGCGCCCGCCGCGCCGGGGCCCAGCGCCGCCUGGGAGGGAUCCCUGCCGCCGAUCCGGGUGUCCGAGGACACAUCCAGGUUCAGGUACACUAACCCCACGGGCCACCCGUCGGGACUCCGGAUCGCGCGCAUCGCCGCUGAGGCCGUGCGGCUCGUCGGCGGAGGAGCUGGCGUGCGGUGGGUCGUGCUUGUCGACGACGACACCGUGCUGUGCGCGGACAACCUGGUCGCCGUGCUCAGCAAGUACGACUGGAGGGAGAUGGUGUACGUCGGGGCGUCGUCCGAGAGCCACUCCGCAAACACCUACUUCAGCCACAGCAUGGCGUUUGGAGGCGGCGGCGUCGCGCUCAGCUUCCCCCUCGCUGUCGCACUCGCGCAGACGCUCGAUGUGUGCAUCGAGAGGUACCCAAAGCUGUAUGGAAGCGACGACCGCCUUCAUGCCUGCAUUACGGAGCUCGGUGUGCCCCUAUCUCGCGAGUAUGGAUUCCACCAGUGGGAUAUCAGAGGCAAUGCUCAUGGUUUAUUGGCGUCUCAUCCAAUUGCUCCUUUCAUCAGUAUCCACCACGUGGAGCUUGUGGACCCCAUAUACCCUGGUUUGAACUCUCUUGAGAGUUUGGAUCUGUUUACAAAGGCUAUGAAAAUGGAACCCAUGAGCUUCCUGCAGCGUUCAAUUUGCUACGAUCAAAGCCAAAAGCUUACAUUUGCUGUCUCAUUGGGCUAUGCUAUUGAAGUAUACCCCAAUGUUCUUCUUCCUCGUGAUUUGGAGCGAUCACAAAGGACUUACAUUGCUUAUAAUAGGAUGAGUCAGAGAAACGAAUUUGAUUUUGACACUAGGGAUGUUCAGAAGUCUUUGUGCAAGAAGCCUAUCUUAUUUUUCUUGAAGGAAGUCUGGAAGGAUGGAAACAUGACUAGGGGAUCUUACGUACGAUCAAGUGGUAGGGAUGAUCUCAAAAGAAAGGUGUUUUGCUUCCGGUCACCCCCUAUACCUGACAUAGAUGAGAUCCAAGUCUCUUCGUCUCCAUUAAGCAAGCAUUGGCAUCUGGCACCAAGAAGGUUGUGCAGUGCACUUAAAGGGUCUAUUAAUGGUACUCUGUUUAUGUUUGUUCGGCAAUGUGGGCGUGGGACUUUUGGUUCAGCUUCUGAUUCGCUAUGACUGAUGGAAAACAGAGAUGUAUAUUUUCUGUCCAGAUGAUACCUGGAAGAUGUAGUUACCACCCUACAUUCUUUGAGUCAAGUGUUAUGGGGGCUCUUUUUCUGCCUCAAGUGCUUGACAGUAGUCAACUGCUUGUUAUACUUGGUAGUUACUGAAGCGGUUGCUGACAGAAGAAUUUGCUGAAAAGACAUACUGGAGAAUUUUUUUUGCUUUGGAACCUCUAUGCGGCUGGUGUAUGAUACUUGCAGCCUGAGACCUAGUGAAGAGAGAUCUUUGACUAAACCUUUAAUCUGAGAGAAAUAACUGGCUGGUUUCAUUCUCCAAGACCAGCUUACUCACCUUCAUGGAUUCUCCUUGAAAUGCAUGAAAUCAGGUAAGAGUGGUGAUAUGUUAGUUGUGGGUUUUAGAGCUGUAAGUCUGUAACCCUUCUUCAUAGUUGAUACCCUAGUUAGAUUGUGAACAGUGUAAAGCACAAGAGCCAUGAGGGAGAAUCCAUUCGAUCUAUUCUUUCCUGUUACAUUUCAAAAACCAUCUCCUGUGAAAGUGACGCAUUACCUAAAGAGCCGCAGUGGGUUCCAGACUGGAUACAGUUUGAUAUAGGAGUACACUAACUUUAGAAUUUGGUCUUGCUUAGUCCUUGUAAGAGUCGUAGGGCCCUUCUGAACAUGAGGUAUUUUGCAGAUUUUCUGAGGCAAUCGAAUCUUGUGAAAUUUCGAUGAGCUACAGAACAGGCCCGUCAAGUCCACGCUUUCUUUUCAGUUCUGUGUGACUGUCUGACAUCAUCUAGUGUUGAAACCACCUUCUUGUGGUAUGUCUAGUGUUGAUGUUAAUGAACAUGGACAUGGACCUAACUCCCUUUCCAAUUGCCUGAUCUAGUCACUAGUUAAAUUGCCAUUUGAUCUAGUAA